AUGGUCAGAUGGAACAUACUGCCAGCUACCUGCAUCCUGAAUAGUUGCAUCAUUAACAUCUAUGACGAGGGUGAUUGCAUCCCUCCCCAUAUAGACCACCACAAUUUUGUGAGGCCCUUUUGCAAGGUCUCAUUCAUGAGCAAAAGCAAUAUAUUAUUUGGAAAACAAAUUGACAUUGUCGACCUUGGCGAGUUCAGAGGAGUUGUAGAGAUUCCGCUACCAGUUGGUUCAGUUUUUAUCCUAAAAGGAAACAUGGCAGAUGUUGCCAAGCAAUGCAUCUCAGGGGUACGACACCGUAGGGUGUCCGUAACUUUCUAUAAAAUGGACGAUAGCAAAGCACCAUACCGAUUUCAGCCAGACCCAGAACUAGAAGAGCUGCUACCGUAUCAGCUCUGA